AUGACAUCAUCUCGAAGUGUUUCGCCUUGUAAGCUUCGGGUCUACCUUGCACGUGCUGAACAGUUGGAUGACAACGGGUUACGGUGCUGGGAUACAGUGAAAAUGCCUGUCUGUGGCGGCAGAUGUGAUACUAACGAGAUUUCGGACUGGGAGUUUCCUUUUAAGAAAUCCCACCAUCCGGUGUGCGCUUAUGGCACUCGUCGUCCGCUGACCGCCCGCUUACGUCAUUGUGACCAUGGAGCCGUUCCUGGCACUGAGUUGUUUCACUUUGUCGCUGCUGAUGAUUGUCGUUGCAAGGUUUGUUCAUCUCAAUUUACGAGCUGUGAAUGGUUGCCGCCGAAUUCAACACUUUUAAGUAACAUAGACUACAAGUUUGAGGAUUACGAUGAAGAAAAUGAUAUCCAAACCAUAUAA